CAGGUGGAGCGUCAUGGCCGAUAUGCAGCACCUGGUUGAGAGGCUGGAGAAGGCGGUGGGCAGGCUGGAGGCGGUGUCCCAGGCCCCCGGCGGGCACGGGGGCUGCGGAGACGCCGGGCCCAAAGGCGUGGCUCCGUUCGUGCAAGCCUUCGACUCGCUCCUCGCCGGUCCGGUGGCCGAGUACCUGAGGAUCAGCAGGGAAAUCGGGGGCGACGUUCAGAAACACGCCGAGAUGGUCCACACGGGGCUGAAGACGGAACGGGCCCUCCUGGUGACGGCCUCUCAAUGCCAGCAGCCUUCUGGGAAUAAACUCUCGGACCUGCUGGGCCCCAUCUCGGACCAGAUCCAGGGGGUGCAGAACUUCCGGGAGAAGAAUCGGGGCAGCAGGCUGUUCAAUCACCUGUCGGCCGUCAGCGAGAGCAUCCCAGCGCUGGGCUGGGUGGCCAUGGCUCCCAAGCCGGGCCCGUACGUGAAGGAGAUGACCGACGCCGCCAUGUUCUACACAAACCGCGUUCUCAAGGAAUACAAGGAUGUGGACAAGAAGCACGUGGACUGGGUGAAAGCGUACCUGAGCAUCUGGGUGGAGCUCCAGGCCUACAUCAAGGAGUUCCACACCACCGGUCUCACCUGGAGCAAAACGGGUCCGCUGGCGAAGGAACCGAGCGGAGGCUCCGCCGGUUCGGGGGCGCCGCCCCCGCCCCCGGGGCCUCCCCCGCCGCCGGUCCCCACCAGCUCCGGCUCGGACGACGCGGCCUCGCGCUCGGCCCUCUUCGCCCAGAUCAACCAGGGAGAGGGCAUCACGCACGCUUUGAAGCACGUGUCGGACGACAUGAAGACCCACAAGAACCCCGCCCUGAAGAGCCAGGGGGGCCCCGUGCGGGCCGGCCCCAAGCCCUUUACCGCCCCUAAACCCACCGGCGGCUCCGUCCUCAAACCCCUGGCCAAGAGGGAGCCACCCUUGCUGGAGCUGGAGGGCAAAAAGUGGAGAGUGGAGAACCAGGAGAAUGUCUCCAACCUGGUGAUUGAGGACACGGAGCUGAAGCAGGUGGCCUACGUGUUCAAGUGUGUCAACAGCACCCUGCACAUCAAGGGCAAGAUCAACUCCAUCACAUUAGACAACUGUAAGAAGCUGGGCCUGGUGUUCGACGACGUCGUGGGUAUCGUGGAGAUCAUCAACAGCAGGGACGUCAAAGUGCAGGUGAUGGGGAAAGUGCCAACCAUUUCCAUCAACAAGACCGACGGCUGCCACGUGUACCUGAGCGCGAGCUCGCUCGACUGCGAGAUCGUCAGUGCCAAGUCUUCCGAGAUGAACGUCCUCAUCCCCGGCGAGGGCGGCGAUUUCAACGAGUUUCCGGUCCCCGAGCAGUUCAAGACGCUGUGGAACGGGCAGAAGUUGGUGACCACAGUGACCGAGAUCGCGGGCUAAAGCCACCCCAGUGCCACGGGGCCCGGGCCUCCGCCCCCCUCUCCCCCCCCCCAACCC